AUGCUCAAGGAGGAGCAUGAGAUGGCUGUACUUGGGGCACACCAGAGCUGGGCUCCUUUGACAACCACCAUGAUCAACAUCCACAGUGAGACGUCUAUGCCCAACUACGUCAUCUGGUCCCUGUUCAACACAAUCUUCACAAACUUGGGCCGCCUGGGCUUUGUGGCAUUGGCCUACUCCAUGAAUUCUAGGGACUGGAAGAUGGUGGAUGACAUGAUUGGGGCCCAGGCCUAUGCCUCCACCACCAAGUGUCUGAACAUCUGGGCCCUGGUGAUGAAUGUGUUAAUUAAUCUUAUUGUGAUACUCAUUUUGUAA